GUGACGUAAAGAGGCAUGGGCGCCCGGCGGGUGACGUCAGCUCCGGUUGCCGGGGCUGAGUCGGAAGUGUUGAAAGCCCUUGGCCUCGGAGAGUUCCCGGUGCUGCCGCCGCUGGCACCCUCAGGCCCCGCCCCUCCCCCAGGUCUGGAUGGAGUCUACUUUAAAGUGAAAUGACAGACCAGGACAAUAACAACAACAUCUCCAGUAACCCCUUUGCUGCUCUCUUCAGUUCCCUGGCCGAUGCCAAGCACUUUGCAGCGAUCCAGAAGGAACAGCUGAAGCAGCAAUCUGAGAAAUGUAUGUUUACAAGAUCAAAUUUUCUGGCAGAUGAACCCUCAGCUAGCCCAGAUGACUCGGAUAACAGUGUGUCGGAAAGUUUGGAUGACUGUGACUACUCUGUCUCUGAGAUUAGCCGAUCAUUCCGUUCCCAGCAGGAGAUAUGUGAGCAGCUCAACAUCAAUCACAUGAUCCAAAGGAUUUUCCUAAUCACCCUGGACAACAGUGACCCAAGCAUGAAAGGUGGAAAUGGGAUCCCCAGCCGCUGUGUGUAUUUGGAGGAACUGGCAGGAGACUUGGACGAACAAGACUGGCUUGAUAUGGACAACAUUGAGCAGGCCCUCUUUACCCGAUUGCUGCUUCAGGAUCCAAGCAACCACUUGAUUAACAUGACCUGUUCCACAACAUUAAACCUCUCUGCAGAUCGAGAUGCAGGGGAAAAGCACAUUCUUUGCUACCUUUAUUCCUGUUUCCUAAGAGCAAAAGAGGAGAUUACCAAAGUACCAGAAAACCUGUUGCCCUUUGCUGUGAGAUGUAGAAACUUAACUGUAUCUAAUACCCGAACUGUCCUCCUCACCCCAGAGAUUUAUGUUGACCAGAAUGUCUAUGAUCAGCUAGUAGACCUUUUAUUGGAAGCAAUUCGAGGGGCUCAUUUUGAAGAUGUAACUGAGUUCCUUGAAGAGGUCAUUGAAGCCUUGACAGUGGAUCAGGAAGUUCGGACAUUUCAAGAAGUCAUGGUUCCAGUAUUUGACAUUUUGUUGAGCAGAAUAAAAGACUUGGAUCUCUGUCAAAUUUUGCUAUACACAUAUCUAGAUAUGCUUCUCUAUUUCACGAGGCAGAAGGAUAUUGCAAAAGUUUUUGUAGAGUACAUACAGCCCAAGGACCCCAGCAAUGGACAGAUGUACCAGAAGACUUUACUGGGAGUAAUUCUGAGUAUUUCCUGCUUGUUAAAGACUCCAGGGGUAGUAGAGAACCACGGCUACUUCUUGAAUCCAUCCCGAUCCAGUCCUCAGGAGAUCAAAGUGCAGGAGGCCAACAUCCAUCAGUUCAUGGCUCAGUUCCAUGAAAAGAUUUACCAGAUGCUGAAGAACUUACUCCAGCUCUCUCCAGACACCAAGCAUUGGAUCUUAUCCUGGCUUGGCAACUGCCUGUAUGCCAACACAGGCCGCACCAAGAUCUGGGCCAAUCAAAUGCCAGAGAUCUUCUUCCAGAUGUAUGCCUCAGAUGCCUUCUUCCUGAAUCUGGGUGCUGCCCUCCUGAAGCUAUGCCAGCCAUUUUGCAAACCUAAAUCCCCAAGGCUGCUCACCUUUAACCCUACCUAUUGUGCCCUCAAAGAGUUGAAUGAUGAAGAGAGGAGGAUAAAGAAUGUACAUAUGAAAGGUUUGGAUAAAGAAACCUGUUUGAUCCCUAAAGAGAGUGACCAGGAGUUGGAGUUUGCCCAAAACUAUAACCUGGUAACUGAGAACCUGGUCCUGACACAGUAUACUUUGCACGUGGGAUUUCACAGGUUGCAUGACCAGAUGGUAAAAAUCAACCAAAGCUUGCAUCGGCUGCAGGUGGCCUGGCGUGAGGCUCAGCAAAGUGCCAGCCCCACAGCGGACAGCCUCCGAGAGCAGUUUGAGCGCUUGAUGACUGUCUAUCUCUCCACCAAGACUGCCAUGACAGAGCCGCAGAUGCUACAAAACUGCCUCAAUUUGCAGGUGUCCAUGGCUGUUCUUCUGGUUCAGCUAGCCAUUGGCAACCAAGGCACAGAGCCAAUAGAGCUGACUUUCCCUUUGCCAGAUCAGUACAGUUCUUUGGCUUACGUGCCAGAAUUCUUUGCGGAUAACCUGGGAGAUUUUCUUAUUUUCUUACGGCGAUUUGCUGACGACAUCCUGGAGACAUCAGCUGAUUCAUUGGAGCAAGUUCUUCAUUUUGUCACCAUUUUUACUGGGAGCGUAGAGAGAAUGAAGAACCCCCAUCUAAGGGCCAAACUGGCAGAGGUUCUAGAAGCAGUCAUGCCGCACCUGGACCAAGCCCCGAAUCCCCUGGUCUCUAGCGUGUUCCACCGUAAGCGAGUGUUCUGCAGCUACCCCUAUGCAGCUCAGCUUGCUGAGGCACUCAUCAAAGUCUUUGUAGACAUUGAGUUUACAGGAGACCCCCAUCAGUUUGAGCAAAAAUUUAACUACCGCCGUCCCAUGUAUCCUAUCUUAAAGUACAUGUGGGGAACAGAUGCCUACAGAGAAAGCAUAAAGGGUCUAGCUGAUUAUGCCUCUGAAAAUUUGGAGGCCAUGAAUCCCCCUCUCUUUCUCCGCUUCCUUAACCUAUUAAUGAAUGAUGCUAUCUUCCUAUUGGAUGAAGCCAUACAGUACUUAAGCAAGAUAAAAAUUCAGCAGAUUGAAAGGGACCAGGGUGAAUGGGACAAUUUGUCUCCAGAAGCCCGUCGAGAAAAGGAGGCUAGUCUGCAAAUGUUUGGGCAGCUGGCUCGAUUCCACAACAUCAUGUCUAAUGAAACCAUUGGUACCUUGGCUUUUCUGACAUCAGAGAUCAAGUCCCUCUUUGUACACCCCUUCCUGGCUGAACGAAUCAUCUCCAUGCUAAACUACUUUCUACAGCAUCUGGUUGGUCCUAAGAUGGGAGCCUUAAAAGUCAAGGAUUUCAGCGAAUUUGACUUCAAGCCUCAGCAGCUUGUUUCAGACAUCUGCAACAUCUACUUAAACCUUGGCGACGAGGAGAAUUUCUGUGCUACUGUGCCCAAGGAUGGGCGAUCUUAUUCCCCAAUGCUCUUUGCCCAGACAGUCCGAGUCCUGAAGAAAAUAAACAAGCCUGGAAAUAUGAUUGUGGCUUUCAGCAACCUGGCAGAAAAGAUCAAGUCUCUUGCAGAUCUUCAACAACAGGAAGAAGAGACCUAUGCAGAUGCCUGUGAUGAGUUUCUAGAUCCCAUCAUGAGCACACUGAUGUCAGACCCUGUGAUGCUGCCAUCUUCCAGAGUCACUGUGGAUAGAUCCACAAUAGCCAGGCAUCUACUCAGUGAUCAGACUGAUCCCUUUAACCGUAGCCCCCUAACUAUGGACCAGAUCCGGCCAAACACAGAACUGAAAGAGAAAAUCCAACGGUGGCUCGCAGAGAGGAAAUUACAGAAGGAACAACUUGAGUAAAUACUGUGAAUUUAACAAAACAAAAGCCAGCCCCAAGAAUGUGGAUAAAUAAUAUAGUCUAUUGGUCUCUGUUUUCCCCACUGCCUCCCCCAUCCUCUUUUUCUUACACCUGUUUCCCAUCCUCUUUUCUUUCUCAUUUUCUACCCUGCCUUUUCCCUCUUCCUCUUCUUCCUCCCCAGUCUCCCUUCCCUGUCUUCUCUCUCUUCCCUUUCUUUCUCUCAGAUGGAGAAUUGCUGUUGCACAGAUAAUAGUAGUUCGGACAAACUUUCAAAUCUGUGCUUAGCCUGGCUUGCUAAUAAUCAUGCUUUGUUAGAAAGCCUCCAACUUUCACCUUUUUAUUUUCUCUUCCUCUCCUUUCUCCCUUCAACUUAGACUAAUAUCAGUUUUACUAAAGCUUCCUGGUGGUCUCAAUAUGGAAGAUACUAAUUCCUUUCUGUGUUUCUCUUAAGUACUGGCUACUUACCAUGUAAAUUGCUCAUUAUUUUUGCUAUUCAGCGAUAUUAAGGACUUGAGGUCACAUAUUUCGGUGGUAUCACCAAAAAAAAAAAUUUGGCCAGGUCCCUAUCAGAUUCCAUAAGCUGGACUUCAGCCUUUCUCCUUGUUAUAGCUCUGUGAUGUUAUUGAUACUUUUGUUAGAUAUAACAAAAUUUAAUGUGAAUAAAAUGCCUUCAUGUUUGCAUAGGCUUUUUAAAAGAUGAUACACAGGAUAGAAAGAAGUUAUCUUAUGCAAUUUCUGUCAGAAGCCAUGAGUUGUGUGGUCUUGGUGUUCAUUAUUUUGGAAUGGUACCCAGGGAUACCAUCUUAUCCAAACACUCCCCUGUGGGGAGCCCUUUCCAAUUAUAAGAUUUAACACUAUGAUAUUUUUAUGAAGAUGAGUGGGACAUAAUAGCAGCUUUGACACUUUGAAUCUGUAUAUCCUGGGGUAAUAGCAUUGCAGUACCUAUUUAAAAAGAAGGCAUAUGCCUAUUAAUGCCUUGGGACUCUGCAAAACAAACAAACAGAAAAACUAACUGCAAGGGACUAGAAUUAAGUAGGAAAAAGUGUGAUAAGUUGCAUUAUGACUAGGGUCCUUUCCUAUCUCUAUAAUUUGAAAUCACUUAUAUCCAGCCAACAGCUGUCUUGGUUAACACAGAAUCUGUAUCUCAGUGUGUGUGUUAUUUAGGUGCAUUAUAAACUGCAUGCCAGUUUAUAGUGUGCCUUUUGCAUGAUUACAUGUGUGCAGUGUAGUGUGUAGACACAUUUGCUGACACUUUCAUUCUAUCUAAAAAAGAGUCUUAGAUUGUAAAGUAUGUAUAUUAAUGUAUAUUUGGGCCUGUGGCCAGAGGAUCUGAUAGAGGUGGUUUCAGCCCAUUUCUGGAUUCUCACUUAACAAAAAAGUAACCUGAGAAAAACCUUGGCCACAAACAUUUUGCAUAUUUGCCAGUGAGUUUCAAUCCUAUCUUUAGGAUUGAUGGACUGUGAUGGGUAGGCAGGCCACACUUGUUGAGUUUUAUAAGUUAAGUUCUCCAUUUAUGUGCUGAAAAAGGCAUCAUAGUGUUUAAAACCUUUCCUUCCCUAAAGGACUGUUUUUAUAUGUAUUAUACCUGUAAACCUAGAAAUUCCAUAACUGAAAAUUAAUUUAACAUGUUUGAAUGUUUUUAUAGGAAGUAGGGAGCAUUGGUUCUUGAUUUAAUAUACAUUAGAAUGGGCUGUGACGACGUUAAAUUGAGUUGGUAUAGGUCUCUGGACAAAUGUCCAUUAAAAGUAGUUCUAAUAGGUUAUCACUGUCUUAGUGUUUGUUUCAUAUGGAAAACCAUAAAUCAGAUGGGCCACGUUGCCUUAGCUAUGUGUGAUCCAGAAUUUUUUCACCAAUGCCAUAGUAUGUUUUGAGUCGCUCCAAAAUUUGUUACCUUGUCGUGUGCUUUACUUCAAAUACAUUACCCUGCAGCAUUCUGAGAAUGAAUUGUGUACGGAAGCCAUCUAGCUAUUUAUGUCUUACACAUACACUUAACAGAGUAUUAAGAAAACAAAGACCAGAGGUGUACAAGGAAAAUUGUAGAUAAAAAGUGAGCAAAUGAAACCUCCAGUCAUCUGUCCCCAGCAGCUUUCUAGAUUACCUCUAUGCUGCCUCUAGUAUGUGUCUAUUGUAUUUCUUCCUCUGUGUGGCCUUUAGAUUGUAAGCCUUUUUUGGCAAGCUUUUAAAAAUCUACUUUAUUGGAAAUCUACAUGUAUGGCUGAAGCACUAUAUGAGUAAUAGUGCAUUAACAAUGUUGCUGCUGAAUAUCUUUAAAUUAACAUCACAAUCCAACAGAAUGGAAGACUCAUUCAAGGCUAUCCAUUAGUGGUAAAGCCUUUGAUCCCUGUGCCUUUCUUUCUCACAGUAAGCUGAAUUAAGGGCACCAAUGAAAUAAUUUUUUUCAAAUGACCAUGUAGGCAAGGGUAUAAAUGAAGCUCAAGAAGGUGGUUUCAUUUCCUGCAAACUCUGAAGCAACUCUUUAAAUUUAUAUUUUGAAGGGUCUUAAAAAAGGUUUCUUAAAGCAUUGGAGCAUUUGAUGACAAAACAAAGACUAAUCAGUUCCAGCACUGCUCAUAACUUUCCAAGAGUGAUAUUAAAAUUGAAUAUUUAGUAGGUUUUAUCGAGUGGUACUAGGUUUGUUCUUUUUUUAAAUACAGUUCUUAACGUGUGUAUGAAAUUGAAGAAACAUUUCCAUCUUUGCAGCUGGCAACUAAUUUUUUUAAUAGUUAAAGGUGUCAAAUUGUACCAAGGCUGUUUUACUUCAUCUGUUGCUGUGCAGUCACUACCAGAGGUAUAAGCUACUCAGGUGCUUUUGCCAGCCUGAGGCUGGUACUGUAUUGUGUUGCAGUAUCAUGUGAGGAAGUAAUCCACAGGCUCUGGCUGACUUAAAAAAAAAAAAAAAAAAAAAAAAAUCCGGAGGAGGAAAAUGGAGAAUCAAUAGUUUUGCCACUGAAAUAAAAAUUUCAUCAUCAAAGCUGUAUGUGGAAAGGUUUCCUACUGGUUACCUCUAGUCAACAUUUGCCUGAGGUGUUUGUGCAGAACUUGUAUUUAAUAAAUACCCGCCUAGAGCCACGGUCACUA